AAAAUGCUGCCGCUCAAUUGGUACAAUAUCAGUGAGACUCAUGUGUUUAUUCCUUUUAUUGACUGGUGACGUACAGGAUGUAGACAUACAGAGUGUAGUGUGAAACUUGUGGCACAGACACUGAGAAAAAGAAAAGUCCACUUCCAUUUCCAAAAUGUCCACAAUUGUAUAUUAUUCCUGUGAUGUCAUCCUUUAUGCUUACUCUUGGUGAUGUAUGACUUUGAAAACUUUAUGAUCACACAAUUUGUAAAUAUGUGAAGGAUGAGUUCAGCCGGUAGCGAGGCGCCGAGGGCUUUGUCGAAGGAUGAUGUCAUCCCUUUAAUCGACAGGGUGACAUUGAAUUCCCUUGAUUUUGAAGGACCAGCCAUAACAGAAAUCUAGUGGAUUGUAGGUCAGUGUCGUGGUGAACCACUCUCAACAAGCUGGUAAUUUUAACACGGACUGCAUAUUGAUUUGUCAGGCAAAAUGUGGAAUGGCUCUCGCUUUGAACUGGCAAGUAUAGAGAGACGUCGCAACAAUGAGCGAGAAAGAAAAGAGAGAAUUUUUAACGACAAACUCAGAACCAUUGGUAUCGAUAAAGAAGGCCUUGAAAAGCAGCUGGAUGACAAGAAGAAAUGGAAAGAUGCCGAAAAACUGGAACAGGACACCUUUGAGGCCCAAUUCCUACAUGAUAGCAAGCAAGCGUACCUUCUUCAUGUCAAAGAAGAAAAGGAGAAACAAGCAAUGGAGAGGACCAAUUUUCUGGAACAGUAUGAGCGUGCCAUUCAGGAGAGGUUGAACCGGGAUGACUCUGAGGAAGCAGUGGAACACAUGAUGCCUCCUGGAAUGGCCGGGGAGGACCCGGACAGUGAAAGCCGCGUAUACAGGCAGAAAGAGCAAUUGAGAGAGUGGCUGCUCCAGCAACAGACAGAGCAAGCCGUGGAGAAAGAAAGACAGAGAAUGGAAAAGUUGGCCGACGACCAAUUUAGAGUACAUAUCGACAAUGUAGCUCUGGGACUGGAAAACGCCGAGAUGGAGAAGAGGAAAAAAAACGCGGUCGAAAUGAACGAGUUCAAUCAGGCCAUGGCUGAAGAGAGGCAACGGUAUGAACGGGAACUCAAAGACGACCCGAGAGAGAUACGGCCGAGUCAGGUGGGGGUACCGGGUAUUUUUCACAGCUACGACAGGAGGCCACGUCCCGAGAGUUCGCAGCAGAUGAAAAAGUUCUGGAACCUUCAAGUUGAGGAGAAAAUGAUGACCAAGUUGGAGGGCAUCCGAGAGAAGCAACAAUAUGCUCGGUGGUGCUCGAACGCGGCACGUACGGCUCUGAUCCUACAGAGGCAGCAGGAACGACAGAAGAAGGAGCUGCGGCAAGAGCUGGACCACAACAACAGCACCACCGCUGAAUAUGACAGACGCAACAGACCUGACAUCAAAAGAGGACGCAUCGAUGACAGUUUCUUCGCCAAAUUUAACACCUGCAGUCGCUGAAAGAACACUUGUGACUUUAAGAUGUGUUGACACACUGCAAUUGACAAUAUGUAUCAUUGUUGGCCAUUAAUGUUAACAAGCUCAACCUGAACCUUAGUAAAGAUGAUAAAUGUU